AGUAAAAAGCAAAGAAAAAUAUUGUUAAGAUGUUGAUGCAUUGCAGGGGUUUGUUUAAGCCAGUUAUUAUCUUGAUUAUUGUUAACUUAGCUAUGGCUAUUGUAAAUUUACUUAUGAAGAAGGUUCUUAAUGGAGGAAUGGACAACAUGUCCAUUGUAACAUAUAGACAAGCAGUUUCAUUUAUCUUCAUGGCACCUAUUGCCUGCUUGUAUGAAAGGAAACACAAAUUGGAGGCUCACAUAAUAUGUCUCCUUUUCCUCAGCUCUCUUGUCGGAGUAACACUCACCCAAUACAUAUUUCUUCUUGGACUUGAAUAUACGUCUGCAACGUUCUCAUGUGCAUUCCUCAAUGCUGUGCCAGUAUUCACCUUCAUCGUGGCACUGCCAUUUGGGAUAGAGAAGGUAAACAUCACAAGCAAGAGUGGGAAAGCCAAAAUCUUAGGGACUGUUGUGUGUAUUGGUGGAACUUUGGUAUUGAUCCUCUAUAAAGGAAUGCCCUUAAUCAACCCCCAAGCACAACACACAGCAAACGAAGCAUCAAGUGGUCCUCCAGCCAGAAAGUUAGAAAAAUGGAUCAUAGGUUCAAUAUUUCUGAUUACAGGGUGCCUUCUUUGGUCUUCAUGGUUUAUCAUACAAGCAAAGAUUAGCAAAAGAUAUCCAUGUCAAUACUCUAGCACAGCUAUUUUGUCCCUAUUUUCUGCCAUUCAAUCAGCAAUAUUAACAUUAAUCAUCAAGGGAAAUAAUGCCUCCUGGAUUCUCAAAGGAAAGCUUGAAAUAAUGAGUGUUAUAUAUGCUGGGUUGGUGGGAUCAGGCUUGUGCUAUGUGGCAAUGUCAUGGUGUGUCAAACAAAGGGGUCCAGUUUUUACUUCAGCAUUUACCCCCCUUGUACAAAUAUUUGUGGCAGUGCUUGAUUUCUCUAUAUUAAAGGAAGAAAUUUACCUAGGAAGUGUUGUAGGAUCGGCCUUGGUUAUUACUGGCUUGUAUAUUCUUCUGUGGGGGAAAAGUAACGAGAACGCACCAUGUGUCAAGGAUGCACAAGCAAGCCAACAAGAUGUAGAAUUGCAAUAG